GGCUUGUUCGCCAAAUUGGCAGCUCGCCACGUUCUUCUUCUCUCAACCUUCCCCUCUUUCUCUACUUCUCGUCCCAACUCCCAAGUUGCAACCCAGCCACCUCGUCUCCUCCCCUCCAACUCCAAGCCUACUCCCACCCGAUCCCCCCUGCCCCGCCCCGGGCGCCGCCGGUUCUCGCAUUCGCGGCAGUCCAUCUCGUUGCCCCUUCCCGGCGGCCUCUGAUCCGUGCUGCUCGUCGCCCACGCGAAACCUGCCGCCUCCCUUGUUGCCGCGACCGCGAGCCCUCUCCCCUCCCCUCGCGGCCCUGAUCUCAGUUCCACUGUGCCCCGACCGUGAUCCGUCCGCACCCGCUUCAUGCCCAGCAGCGUUCAACCCGUCCCCUAAAUGCCGCUGCCUCCAAAUAGUUCUCCGUGUGCUGGUUCUUGCGGAUUGCGCUGUCAGGUCUACAUAAUAUUGGGGGCGGUGCAGAGUGUCCUCCGUUUUUUCCUCUCUCGCACCUAAAGUUUUCGGGAGCAGUUAGUUAGAGUAUAUUCGAUUCCCCCUGAUAUAGUUUGUUUAUUUCACACUACGAAGUCUAUGCACUCGAGAGAAAAAUCACUGGUAGCGACGGCAUCAAUUCUUGUGACGUUUAGUAGCUAGAACACCCUCACUAGCGCUCAUUCAUGUUUACUCGACCUUGUCCUUUUCCCUUCCAUCUUCCGUGUGCUGGUAUCAAUUUGUUGUAAUUUGGGGAGACCAGGAGUUUUCUCGCCUUCUUGCCCUUGUUCUGCCCGUAGUAAGUGCUUGCCGUUUGGUUGAUUGGAACUCCCAAGUGUUCGUCGGUCACAUUUAUAUAGCUUUACCUCACUAGGAUAAUCAUAAGCAAGGUUUCCCCAAAAUUCUUAGACCAGUUGGGAUCAGGACCCGAAGGUAGAUUGUGUUGGCUAUUUGCCGGUAGGGCAUUGUGACUCCGUGAUGUCUUGCACCUCUCCAGAUCCACCAGACUACUGCUCAGCCGAAUCGCCUGAGCUCAAGCUAUACCAGGCCUUCAUCUUCUCGGUGCCUGUCUUCUUCACGUUCGUCUUGCUUCUCUUCUUCUACCUCUUCUACUUGAGGCGGCGCAGGGCCAAUUGGCAGUCCUUGCGGAUGAGGACAAAUAAUUUGAUACGAGGAGAUAAUGCCAGACUGGAGUGUGGCUUAAAGAAGGAGAUGCGGGAAAUGUUGCCAGUUGUUAUCUUCAAAGAGAGUUUCUUGAUCAGGGAGACACAGUGCUCGGUCUGCCUAGCAGAAUACGAACCGGACGAGAGGCUUCAGAAGAUACCUCCCUGUGGGCAUACCUUCCACAUCAACUGUAUCGACCACUGGCUCUCCACAAACACCACCUGCCCCCUCUGCCGAGUAUCGCUCCUUCCCGCCCCCAAGGCAACCAGCACCGGACUGGAUCUGGAAGCACAGACUGCGGUAGAAGAGGAGUCUCCGAACGCACAUCAUCGCCAGGAGGAGGGACUCGUUGAUGCCAACACACCACAGGAAGGUGAGGCGGCCGGAGGUGACGGAUCAAGUAGCGUCCAGGUUGAAGAACUGCACGGCGAUGCGGCCGAGCCAUUGGCGGUGACGGUGGUCGCUGUCGCUGCGCCUCAGGCUGACGCUGAAGGUUCACCGAGUACAGCAUGCCAAACUGUUAAAGGGAAGAAAUAAGGAUAGCCUAGCCCAUCGAUGUAUUUCUAUUACCAUUGUGUGUUUAGCUGGGAAAGGAAAAAAACGCAUAAAGAUGGGGCCAUUGAUGUUAUGAUUGCCAUUUUUCUGGGGAGGAAGAAGAAGAGCAAGAGUUCAGUUGUGGGGAAAUCUUAUUGAUACAGCACUUAACAUAACCGAGAUUAGUAGUACUUGUGAGCUGUUUUUCAUCUGGU